AUGAAGCAGCUUACUAUACUGUAUCUUGGAGGUAACAAUCUAACGGGUACCAUACCAUCCUCUUUAGGCAACCUGACUUAUUUGUCUGAAUUAAACCUUGGCGGCAGCAGCUUCCAUGGGAAUAUUCCCGAGGACUUGGGUCGUCUUACGAACCUCGUUAGAUUGCAGAUUGCUUUAUGUGGUGGUAUUACUGGUCCCAUACCGAUUUCCCUUUCCAAUUUGUCAUCACUCACACUCAUUCUACUGAACGAUAAUAGUCUUACUGGACCAGUGGGUUUGCGAUUUUGGAACAUGCCUCGACUUUACCAUUUAGAGUUAGAGGAUAACAUAUUAACUGGAGCACUGGACUUCCUUGCAUCGCUUUCGAACUGCAUAGUUUUAGAUCAUGUUAAAGUUAGCAAAAAUGAGCUGGAUGGCAUUCUUCCAUAUAACUUCCUAAGUUUGUAUAGUAACAGAAUACACGGUUCCAUCCCACAUGAGCUUGGCCGAUUGAGCAACUUGGACACACUCUACCUCGAUAGCAAUAGUUUUUCUGGAUCGAUACCUGACUCGCUGGGCAACAUCACUGGACUAGAGGGCUUAACACUUGGUGGUAACAGGUUAUCCUCAGAAAUUCCUGAAACUAUUUGGAUAAAUCAGCUGUCAGGUAACCUUCCAAGUCCUCCAAAGUAUCUCAAGAUCAAUUAUUUAGAUCUAUCAUAUAACUUAUUCGACGGGCACAUUCCGGAAUCAUUUGGUGAUCUCAUUAAUCUUGAUGUCUUGACCCUUUCUUGCAAUAAGCUCUCAGGUGUUAUACCCGAGUCUUUAGUCGAAAUCCGACAUCUCAGCGUCCUGAACUUAUCUUUCAACAAGUUGGAAGGAAAGGUUCCAAAUGGCGGUGCCUUUUUAAACGUCAGUGCCGUGUCUUUAGAAGGAAAUUCAGCAUUAUGUGGAGCACCCAGAUUAGGAUUUUCACCUUGUAAUCCAUUUGAUUCCACACAUUCUAACUCGGGGAGGCAUUUGCUAUGGUAUAUCCUCCCUGUUAUUGCUUCUUCCGGAGUCCUUCUUCUUGGUUUUUGCAUCUUAUUAAGAUUUUGUAGAAGGAAACCCAAGAAUCUAGCCCCUCCUAUCAUGCUCUCUCCUACAGAGCAUAGAUUGAUCUCCUACUACGAGCUUGUUCGUGCCACUGACAACUUCAGCGAGAUAAACUUGCUCGGAACGGGUGCAAUUGGUUCUGUGUACAGAGGGCUUUUAGAUGACGGCCUUCUUGUUGCCAUAAAGGUCUUGAAUUUGGAAAUCGAAGGAGCUUCAAGGAGUUUUGAUGCUGAGUGUCGUGCUUUGAGGAUGGUUCGACAUAGAAAUCUUGUUAGAAUCAUCAGCACGUGCUCCAACUUGAAUCUCAAGGCGCUUGUAUUCCAAUUCAUGCCCAAUGGAAGUCUGGAAAGAUGGCUAUACUCCCAUAAUUACUGUUUGAGCUUGCUUCAAAGGAUUGACAUCGUAAUCGAUGUAGCUUCAGCUAUUGACUACCUUCAUCACCACCAUUCUGAGGUUAUACUGCAUCGUGAUCUAAAACCGAGCAACAUUCUUCUUGAUGAAGAAAUGACUGCACAUGUCAGUGAUUUUGGCAUCGCAAAAUUGCUGAGUGGUGUCAGCCAGAGUGUAACCUCAGCAAGCACGGCAGGGACAAUUGGCUAUAUUGCUCCAGAGUAUGCAUCAACAGGAAGAGUCUCCACAAAGGGAGAUGUCUAUAGCUUUGGAAUAUUGUUGCUAGAAAUCUUUACGAGAAAGAAGCCUACUGAUCCUAUGUUUACGGGGGAAUCAAGCUUGCGGCGAUGGGUAAAUGAUGCAAAUCCUACCGGCCUGUUAGAUACUGUGGACCAGAAUCUGCUGAAAGAUGAAAAUGGAAAUGAAAGGCCAAAUAACUACUUAAUUUCAUCACGGGCCUGUCUAUCUUCCAUCAUGGAGUUGGGGAUUAUCUGUUCAAGUGACUCGCCUAAUGAAAGGCUUGCUAUGAAAGACGUCGUCCCAAAGUUGCGGAAGAUCAAGAUGAGGUAUAUGUCUGAGCCUUGUGCUGCUUGAAACGUGACAGUAAUGUAUUAUGAAUUGAUUUGUAUGCAUAUAGGUUUCGUACCAGUUAUAUCAAGAGUAAUGCGUAUUAUGAGAUUCUGAAGCCUCUAUAAGAAGCAUUUUAGUAAAUUUUAUUUACUAGAUUUUCUUGAUGACAUAUAGUUUUCUUUUAUUUUCUCAGAAACAAUAUAUGCUAGUAGUCAU